CAUGACAUGAGAAGCGGUUCGUCGUGUGCGGAAGUUGUUCGUUCGGUUUUGCUGGCCAGCUGUGACGGGUCGCGCACAAAUUUACCGGAUCAUAAUGUUUUCCUGGAUUUCGAAAAUGCCGUCCCAUCCGAGUCCGAAAUGCAUCUCUGCUCGUUGGCCGAAAAAGUAUGUGAAAAUUUUCUUAAUUCUUAG